UUGAAUUCUACACAUCUCAUAUAUAUAUAUACAUUUUAGAAUUUAAAUAAACGAUAUCGCGGAUCUUAAUUCCUCGAUGGAUCUUAUUGCAGAGAUGAGAAAAGCUGAACGAGCACAAGGUCCAGCCACCAUUCUCGCAAUUGGCACUGCAAAUCCUUCCAACUGUAUCUAUCAGCAUGAUUAUCCUGAUUACUAUUUUCAGCUCACUAACACCCAGCACAUGCUUGGCCUUCAACAAAAGUUCAAGCGCAUAUGCGAAAAGUCGAUGGUAAGAAAGCGAUACGUACACCUGACUGAGGAAUUCAUACAACGAAAUCCUAGCAUAUGCGACAACACAAGCCCUUCCCUGGACGUCCGACAAGACUUGUUAGUUGUCGAAGUCCCAAAGCUGGGUCAAGAAGCCGCUACAAAAGCCAUCAAAGAGUGGGGCCAACCCAGGUCCAACAUCACUCAUCUCAUCUUCUGCACCAACUCGUGUGUUGAAAUGCCUGGUUCAGACUACCGGCUUGCCAAUCUCUUGGGCCUAAACCCGUGCGUCAAACGCUAUAUGAUGUACCAACAAGGAUGUUAUGCAGGCGGCAUGGUUCUCCGUCUAGCCAAGGAUCUUGCCGAGAACACAAAAGGUGCUCGCGUUCUUGUUGUUUGCUCCGAGAUAACUGCUAUAGCGUUUCACGGCCCAAAUGAAAACACCACGGUUGAUUACCUAGUUGGUCAAGCCAUAUUUGGCGACGGAGCGGGUGCGGUCAUUGUUGGAUCCGACCCGGAUUUGGAAAGAGAGCUUCCGUUGUUCGAAAUGGUUUCUGCUGCUCAGACGUUCGUGCCUGACUCGGUGGGAGCGAUAGGGGGAAGGUUAAGCGAGGCGGGGCUAACGUUUUAUCUAGGUAAAACCGUACCAGGUUUAAUAUCGGAGAAUAUAGAGAAGGCGUUGAUACAAGCGUUUUCUCCAUUGGGUAUAACUGACUGGAACUCUAUUUUUUGGAUCGUGCAUCCGGGUGGUCCAGCAAUACUGGACCAAGUGGAGCUCAAGCUCGGUCUUGAAAAAGACAAGAUGAGAGCCAGUAGACAUGUGCUUAGCGAGUACGGAAACAUGUCUCAUGUUAGCGUCUUAUUCAUCAUUGAUGAGAUGAGGAAGAAGUCGGUUACAGAUGGUGCGGCCACUACUGGGGAAGGUCUAGACUGGGGAGUUCUGUUUGGGUUCGGUCCUGGUCUUACGAUUGAGACCAUCGUCCUUCGUAGCAUCCCAACCACCCUGCCUGCAGUACCAUCGAUUAUUAUUGCCUCACAAGUUUAAUACGAGUAAUAAUAUUGGAUGAUCAACUCGUGUGUACGUAUCCUAAUGCAAAACACAUAUUUAGACAUAAUGCAUUAGCUAAAAUCAGUUUCUAGCUCCAUGUAUAAAUAUAUAUGGGGCUACCAUAUAUAUAUAUGUGUGUGCGCUUUAAUUAAUAAGAUUUAUAAUUAAGGAUGUUUAGUGUGAAUGUGUGAUUUGAAAUCAAAAUAUGUACCAGUAAUAUUAAUUAAA